UGAGCGGUGUCAUUCGGACUCAAUAGCGGGUUGAGGUGCUAGGCUUCCUUCUGCAUUUUAUUUUCUUGCCAGAAAGGAAGAAACUAAAUGGCUGCCUCUUCCGAAACUACAAGCUCAAAGCACGCUAGAUGCAUCAGCUUGCCCUCUCGAUCUCACCCACUCACCCAAAGAGUUGAGAAGCAGUUGUGCAGAUUAAGGUCUUCUUCGGAAGCCACCUCCUAUUGUUCCUCAUCGUCACUGCAUCAGAACUUGGGUUGCCUUACAGAUUUGUACGAUUGCAUCGACGAAUUGACUCAAUUGCCGCACACCCAACAAGCCUUGGCCCAUGGUCGACACGACCCAUGGAUAGAAGAUGUGUCGGAUGCAUCUCUGAGGCUGGCGGAUGCAUGUGGUACCACCAGAGAUGCCCUGUCCCUGAUGAAGGAACACUUGCAAGACCUUCAAUCAGCCCUUCGGAGGAGAAGGGGAGGAGAGAUCGGUCCGGAAAAGGAAAUUGCCAGGUAUCUCUCUUCCAGGAAGAAGAUGAACAAAGAGAUCCGCAACUGCCUUGCGGAGUUGAAGCGGAAAGGAAGCAAGCGCCCUUCCUCCAUUACCCUAGACGGAGACCAUGAUGACCUUGUGGCUACCUUAAGCAUACUCAAGGAAGUGGAAACCGUCACUGUGUCCACAUUGGAAUCCAUGUUGUCGUUUGUGUCGAAUCCCAAGACUCGAUCGAAGGCGAGUGGAUGGUCAUUGUUCUCCAGAAUGGUGCAGACGCAGCGUAUAGCCUGCGAGGAGCAGGCAUUAGAGAUGAAUGAAGUAGAGAAAGUAGAUAUGGCAUUAUCAGCCCUCGUAAAUCACAAGUCAUGCAAAGGCAAUGAAACCAAGCAAGUCCAAAUCCAAGAUGUGCAGCAAUGGUUGGAAGGUUUGGAGUUGAGCAUCAAAGAUCUGGAGGAGGGAUUACAGUGCAUGUUCAGGCGCUUAAUCAAGAGCAGGGUCUCGCUUCUCAACAUCCUCAGCCAUUAGUCAUUCAUUACGUUACCAAACACGGCCAUCCGCACUUCAUCUUGUUUUUUCCCAAAGA